AUGGAAAAUAAUUUAGAAGAAGAUGAUGAAUAUUGCGCAUCUGCCCAAGUCACAACAGAACAUUCGAGAAAACGACGAGGUAAUCCAGCAAUGUGGAAACGAAAUCAAGCUAAAAAGGCAAAAAGAGAAUUAAGAAACAAUGGUUGCAUUUUAAAGUGCAAGCACGAUAGUGAAAGUAACCAUUGUAAGGUGAGAACCAUCGAUAUCGAUCUAAUUUACAAUUUUCAUAAGCAAUUUCAAUCGAUCGAAAGUGCUCCAGAAAGGAGGAAAUUUUUACAGAGGUGUAUUUCUCUGAAUAGCGUUGCGCGCACCAGAGUGAAAGAUGAGAAUAGAGUGCGAAGAUCCCGUAAUUACACAAUCGAAUGCUCUAUUCAGACAGACACAGGCCGCAUUAAAGUCUGUAAAACUGUUUUCUGCUCUAUUCUAAGUAUUGGCCGAGCAACUUUAGACCUUGCUGCGGAGACGUUCAUGUUGCCAAGUGAUCAGUGCGUUGAGAAGCGAGGUGGCUCCGAACCAAAAUUGACAGCUUUAAAAGAUGCUGUGAUCGAGCAUAUCAAAUCAUUCAAAGUGCGAGAACGUCAUUAUGGUCGAAAUGAUACAGUUGGACGAGUAUACUUACCAUGUGAAUUAAACAUUGUUGAAAUGCACAAAAUGUUCUUGGAAAAGUAUCCUGAUUUUAAAGACUGCAAGUAUUCGUUUUACAGAGAUGUAUUCCGUUAUAAUUUCAAUAUUGGCUUCGGUAGUAUUCGAAAAGAUAGUUGUGCAACAUGCGAGCAGUAUAAGAAUUUAUUGAAGAAUUCCGAUGAAAUUAAUCGUACUGAAUACAAUUAUGGAAGCCGGAGAGAAAUCCUACUGGAAAGAGGCCUUCACAGGAUCCGUUCGAAACGAUUUUUCAAGGAAUUGAAUCUUUUGCCGGCUGAUACGAUAACCAUCAACUUUGAUCUUAUGGCAAAUCAAGUACUACCCAAAACACCCAUCUCCGACGCAUUUUACAGUCGUCAGAUCUCUUAUCACACCUUUGGAAUCAUCAUUCAUAAAAAAAAACAGCCAAAGGAAUCUGUUCUCGAUAAAACAACCAUGUUCUUCUACAGGUGGUUAGAAACAGAAUACGGUCGUGGAAGUAAUGAAAUUGUAUCGUGUCUGAUUCACUUCUUAUCAACUACUCUCUUACCGAUUCUACGAGCUCAAAAUAUCCAUAAACUCAGAUUCUUCAGUGACUCUUGUACUGGGCAAAAUAAAAAUUACUCGGCUGUAACUACGUUGAUGGAUUUCUGUCUUCGAAAUGAAUUGGAGUUUGAAUGGUUUUUUCCGGUAAGGGGUCACUCCUACAUGCCUGCUGAUCGCUCGUUUGGACUAAUAGAACAAGGCAUGAAGAAAUUGGAUACAAUUAUCAAUCCAGAAGAAUACGAUUCGAUUAUCCGCAAUAAAGGCAAUUUGGUUAUAGUUGGCACCGAUGACGUUCCUAUUAAAGAUUAUCAAACCGCGACGUCGAAGAUUUUAAAAACUAAUAAAGGUUUUCUGAUAUCCGAAGUCAAGGUAAUUUCAUACGAUUCGAAAGAUCCGUACGUGAUAAGAAGCCGCAGUAGCUACUCAGGACUUCCCACCUCGAGCGUAAUGUUUAAAAAACCUGAAAUGAAGAAAAAGACUCCGAAGAAUCUUCUUACUCGCGUUCCAAUUGUGGAAAAGAAAAACCGAGCAUCAGCGGCUAAGAUUAAAGACGUCAGAAAGCUUAUGAGUAAGCUGAAAAUUAGAUCACCGUUCUAUGAAAAACUGUUUGCCGAUGAAAACAUCCUCGAUGAUGGAAAUGACGAAGACGAAGAAAAUGAUGAAGCUAUCACCUCUCGAAAUGAAGAUUUAUUCUAGAUUUUGUUUUUAAAAAUAACGACUUCGUAUUAUUUUUAAUCAUAUACUUUUAAAAUUAAUUUAGAUCUUAGCAUUGAGAAUAAUUUACUGUUAUUCAUCGAUCGAAUACGUAGCUGAUAAAAAUAUAGCCGCCGGAGAUUCUUUUUUAUUACCAAAACAUACUAAACACCGUCAUUUAGUAGGUUUUGAAAACAAAUGGUUGAACAACCAUUUGUUUUCAAAAUCUACUAAAGGAAUUUUUUGCUCCAAAACAUACUAAGCGACAUCGUUUUGUGCCAGAACAUGCUAACUGCAAUUACAAUCACAGAUAAAUAUUAUAAGAAUGGUAAGAAACGCUUCGAUUUUCUGUCCAUUGAAAGCAGUGUUGCCACUUUACCACAUGUAAAAAAAUCAGCUUCCCAGGUAUCAGACAAAAAAAAUCACAGUUUUUUGCGGUUUUCUCAGAAAAUGAAAAUUGGCGUUUAGGAGGUUUUGAAAUUCGAUGGUUCAAAUGACUUCUUCCUUGUGAUCGAUGACUAUAAAUGUAAGCCAUGCUAGUAUGUACUUGUAAUUUAAUGUGAAAUGUUAAUGUAUAUAGCAUAUACUUCUGCUGGUCUGUUCAUAUUUUUGGAAUGAAUACGUACCUAUAAGAUUCUUGAGUUAAUCGAGUAAUUUUAUAACACUUAUUAGGUAUCUAAAACUGAAAAAAACGGAAAUUGGCGUGCCCCCUUGUACGAUAUCUCACGGUUCGUACUGAACUUAUUAUUGAGAAUGAGUCACGCGGAUUUCGUUUCAUUAUUCAUCUUGAUAUCUAUUAUCUACUCAAGUACAUAUUUCACGAAAAUUUAAAAGUAGGAAGGUACUCAUCAUUAUCAACAGACAUCCAAGUACCUAGUUUAAAAUGAAGUAAGAAGUUCAUUCCGUUGCGUCAAUCUGUUAGUUUCCACUCUUUUCACUUCAAUAAUUCGACAGAAGAAUACCUACCUAAGUAAAAUGGCUGCAGUUGAACUUUACGUAUUAUUUGGCAUCCUCGUAUUGUUCGCGAUUAUUUGCAUAUGUUUAAUUUGUUGUUGCGGUUGUUUGGGACCAAAAAAAAUAACAAAAGGCGACGCAUGUUGUUGUUUUUGUUGCGGAUACUUAUGUGCUAGCUGUUGUUGUGACGAUGUCGAUUGCUGCUCCGAUCAUGGAUGUUGUGAUGAGUGCUGAUGCUGGCGAAUGUGAUUGUGGAGACUUGUGCGUGAACCAUUGUGACUGUACUGCCUGCUUUCAAUGUAUCGAUUGUAUAAAAUGAGGUUCUCCAAUAAUAACAUCUUUUUCAUUGCUACUUCUAUGUAUAAGUUUUGUAUGUAUAAGUAAUUGUUUUAGAUGCUUGCGUAAUUUUCAUGUUUAUUUGUAUUGUUUUGUUGUUUUGCAUUUGCUGAUGUAUAGCAACUCUCUCAAUACAUAGUUAUAAUAUACCUACUCAGUUUUAA